ACAACACCCUGCUACAUCAUUCACAAUGAAGGUCGGAAAGCCCAAAUCCAAGCGAGUCCCGGUGCGCCUGAGGGAGAAAAUUCACAAAGCUUCGGCUGCGAAACAGCGGAAAGCGAGAAAGGAGGCGAAGAAAAACCCGGAAUGGCGGUCGAAGCUGAAGAAGGAUCCCGGAAUCCCUAAUUUAUUUCCAUACAAGGAGAAGAUCCUUCAGGAGAUCGAGGAGAAGCGCAGGUUGAAGGAGGAGGAAAAUGCGAAACGGCGGGAGAUGGCGAGGGCGCAAAAGUCGGGUGCGGCGCAAACCCCGGAUGACGGUAUCGAAGACAGCGAUGCGGAGCCCAUUGAUGAUAAUAUGAGCGAAGAAUCUGUAGAGGAAGAUUCUAUGCAAGUGGAUGAGUCGAACCCCAUGGCAGCUCUCCUGGCUUCCGCAAAAGCUCGCGCCGCGGAGUACGAGAGAAAAAAAGCCCGUGACGACGACGUAAUGGAAGACGACGAAGACGACGAUAUCGCUGGGUUCGAUGACGUGGACGGUGAUGAUGACGGCACGAGCGCCGUCCACAUUCGCAAGGAUUCUUCACGGAGAGCUUUUGACAAGGUUUACAAGCAAGUCGUAGAGAACGCCGAUGUCGUAUUGUACGUGCUGGACGCUAGAGACCCGCAGGGCACACGAUCAAAGGAAGUGGAACAGAUGGUCAUGGCAGCGGAUGGCGGAAGCAAGAGGAUGAUCUUUGUGCUCAACAAGAUCGACUUGAUACCCCCAACCGUCUUGAAGUCAUGGUUGUCCCAUCUCCGUCGUUCGUUUCCCACCCUACCCCUCCGCGCAUCGAAACCCGCUCCGAAUGCGAAGACCUUCGAUCACCGUGACCUGACAAUCAAGGGCACAUCCGAAACGCUCUUUAAAGCACUGAAGACUUUUGCCGAAUCAAGAAAUCUCAAACGUUCGAUUAAAGUCGGCAUCAUUGGAUAUCCCAACGUUGGCAAAUCUUCGGUCAUCAACGCCCUUACCUCGCGCCUCGGUGGGCGAACCGGAGCGUGUCCAGUGGGUGCAGAGGCAGGUGUCACUACCAGCCUUCGUGAGGUGAAGCUCGACAACAAACUCAAGCUGCUCGACUCCCCGGGUAUCGUCUUCCCAAACUCACCAGAAGCGAGCAAAACAAGCAAGGUCGAGGAGCAAGCGAGGCUUAUCCUUCUCAACGCCAUACCGCCCAAGGAGAUUGAUGACCCUGUACCAGCGGUAACGCUGCUGUUGAAGAGGUUAUCAGCAUCGCCGGAACUGUUUGCCAAGCUCAUGGACGUGUACGAUCUGCCACCAUUGUACGUUGUCAAGGGAGACAUGACCACAGAUUUCCUUGUUCAAGUGGCGAGAAAGAGAGGCCGCCUGGGCAAAGGAGGUGUCCCGAACCUCCACAGUGCUGCCCAGACAGUUAUCACGGAUUGGCGCGACGGCCGAAUUCAGGGAUGGACAGAUCCACCUAAGUACAGCGCCGCUACUGCACCUUCUGGCCCAGCUUCUGUUUCCAAGUCUACUGGUUUAGUAGGAGAUCAGAAGGAGAUCGUCAAGGAGUGGGCUGCCGAGUUCAAGCUCGAGGGCCUGUGGGGGGACGAGCCACAAAACUCGGGAGAUGCGGAUGCGAUGGAGACAUAGUGUUUAACGAGUUUUGACUCACAUGGCAUAUGAUCAAGAUGUCCACGGACGGCGAAACUGGCGUUAUGGCGGAGGGCAGAUUCUCUAGUACCCUUAGAAAACAUGGGAAUAUCACUCAAUAGAGUCAGACAAUGAAUGAGCAGAAUCGUUCGG